AUGUCUGAGCGACCGUCCUUGGAGUCCAAAAGUCAGGCAUCGGCAGUCGCCCGUCUCAAUGGCCCUGUCGGAAAAAGUUCCAAUACCGGAGCCUCGAGGGUGCGAGCAGACGGUCCGCUCGACUCUUUCCUCGCAUAUACCCGCUCCACUUCGAAUUGGCUACUAUACUCGGAUAAUCUGGCCGCGCGGGCAAAGCAAUCGAAACAGUUGACAAGCGGCGCUAUGUACUUUCGCGCGCUCUCCUUGGAGAUGUCCACUCGCGCGAACGCGUUAGCUCCCGUAUCGCGCCUCCCCAAAGAGAUAUUACUCAUGAUCUUUGCGAUCUUCGACGACGAAGAGCCGUACCCAUCGCUUAUAAGAGGAGGAAGAGGAGGAAACCUCGGGUGGAUGCGGUACGGGCACGUAUGUAAAGCAUGGCGUGUCGUUCUACUGGGCGCUCCCCAUUUCUGGGCCAGAAACGUCGCCGCCCUUCCCAGAGCUCUACCUGCAUUCUUAGCGCGCGCUGGACCAACUAUCCCAUUGCAUAUCAGAUCUUUCAUUUCAUCCCAAAGUCGUGGACCUAACUGCGAAGCCCUAUACUCGCGCCUGCCUUUGGAACGUGUACAGUUUAUGCGGUGGAAUCUAAGUCGGAUGGAGGAUUCGGCGUAUCUUCACCGCAAUAUCGUUACCCCCAACCGCGACUUGCCCAUAUUGGAGGGCCUGGAGAUCAGGUGCUCGGAUAACCCGGACCAGACAACCCUCUCGAAGAGACCCCAUCAUCGCUUCCUUCUUCCCAAUUUGCGAGCUCUCAACGUUAAUCGGUUUUACGUCUCGUUCGCAAUGCCCAACCUUACGGAGCUCUUCUUAUACCGACCUCCUGUCCCAAUGUCAGAGAUAUUCGACGACCUCCGGUACAGCCCUUCGCUACGUUAUGUCCGCUUCGAGCGCUGCCGAUUCUCCCCCGUCAAGAGCCCGCUCCCAUUGCCGUGCCUCGAAUUCCUUCAACUUGACUGUUGCGACUCGACCGAGGAUGGAAGCGUUUACGACCUAUUCGAAACAUAUUUGACACUUCCGGCGUUCAUCCAACUCGAUAUUAUCGUAGGCGGAGGGUCGGAUGAAGACGAUCCCGAAUUGCUUUACACGGAACAUGACAUUCUUGCCGCCACUCGUCUCUGCACCCGCUUAUCAGCCUCCCGCACCGUGGCGCUCAAUAUCCUCACGCUUGACGGAAACGCUGAGCAGAUGUGCUUGUCAUGCCCCAAGGACGACAUGAACAUCGAAGUCUCUAAGCUGGUGGCUCGGAUAUGUUGUUUGGACAGUCCGGUCGAAAGGAUGCUUGGAAUGACGGUAGCACCCGUCCUUUUUCGGCAAAUCACGGUCCUCGAUGUGCUUAUCGACCCGUGGAUGCCAUGGGAUGUCGUAUACGCAGCUUUGCCCAACGUACGCGUGCUACGACUGGACCUAUACCACGGUCCAGGAGACGGGGUUGUUCUCAGGGGCGCCUUCGAUUCCUUGACGCGAAACCUGGCGAACAAGGACAGCGACGACCUGAACCCCACGCCUGUCCUCCUUUUACCGAAACUGAACACCAUCUCGAUGUCGUGCGAGUCCCUUUGCGAGACCUGGCGCGAUAAACGGGGAGAAGGCGAGGAAACGCGUCAGACAGUCGUGCGCGCAUUGCAAAUCCGGGCCGAUCUAUGCGCGGUGUCUGCUGGGACCCCUCGUAUACAGACUCUGCGCCUGCAUAAGGCGAAGGAUAUCCAGUCAAAUGGCGGUGCAUGGCUGGACCAGCUUCGCGAGGUGGUCCCCUUCGUGGAGUGCGUAGAUGCAGAUGUUUGGAAUGAUACCUGCGGUUGGGAUCUUCAGCACAACAUCAUCACAUCGGGUUGGUAG